UACAAGUGCACCGUCUGUGGGAAGGCAUUUAUCUAUUCAAACUAUUUUCGGAUUCAUCGGAGAACGCACACAGGUGAGAAGUCAUUCAAGUGCACUAUGUGUGGGAAGGCAUUUGUACAAUCAAGUUCUCUUCAAAAUCACGAGAGAACGCACACGGGUGAGAAGCCCUACAAGUGCACCGUCUGUGGGAAGGCAUUUGCCUACUCAAACUAUCUUCGAGUUCACCAGAGAAUGCACACGGGUGAGAAGCCCUACAAGUGCACCGUCUGUGGGAAGGCAUUUAUCUAUUCAAACUAUCUUCGAGUUCACGAGAGAAUGCACACAGGUGAGAAGUCAUUCAAGUGCACUAUGUGUGGGAAGGCAUUUGUCUAUUCAAACUAUCUUCGAGUUCACGAGAGAACGCACACGGGUGAGAAGCCCUACAAGUGCACCGUGUGUGGAAAAGGGUUUAUUGAUUCAGGACAACGAAAGAAGCAUGAGAAGGUCCACGAGAGGCUCACAACUCUUAGCUGGGUGCAGUACGACUUCUCCAAGGCCUUCACUCUGCCACCUGCGGAAUUGUACGUCUUGGUCAUGUGA